UUUUAAAGUUUUUAACUUUUAGUUUCAUAUAAUUUUACAUUUUUAAAAAUUAAUAAAUAUUUUUAUUAAUAUUGUACAAAUAAGCUUACGGCUACCGCUACCGUCUAACUUCACAAACAUUUACUAUCACGAUCUAAGUUUACAGAUCUUAUAAAACACACAAAGUUAAAACCAAUUAACAUCUCGAUAGAGAAAGAUAUCCAAAAACAUAAUUUAGAUAAACGUAGUGAUGAGCUUCAUCUUCAUCGUUGUGGUUGGUUUCGUAUUUUUUUCUCUUCUGCUGCUGCUGCUUCCUCCUUGGAUCUUCUCAUCUUCAACAAUCAACACCGCUUGUUGGUUUCAUUUUGUUUUCCAUCUCCGCCCACUCGAUAUGCUUCCUCAACGGCGUCCAUCCAAUCAAUCUACCGAUCUAAUUCGUUCAGGGUCGUGAUUUUGAACAUCUUUCUUGAUGCAAGCCGACUAUUUUGGGGUUGAUUUCUUCCACGCUGCUGUUUUUGCCACAUGUACAACAUUCAAAGCAAUGGUUAUGUUUUUAUUGAAAGGUGAUUGAAGAUAAUUUGUUGAAGAUGAAGAAUAAAACUAAAAGGAAUCGAGUAAAAGGAUCAUAAAUACCCUCGGCUCCACUUCAGAAAGACUUCGUUUCGGUUACGUGUGUCUUCUACUGACCUAAGCAAUGAAUGAAAUCAUUUAAUAUCAGUAUGAAAAAAGUAUAUGAGUAUUUAAUUGAAUCAAUGAAAUCUCGUCAUCCCAACAAAUCUUGCUGAUUCACCUCACCUCUUGCAUGGCUAACAAAUUGGGGUUAUGCCUGGGAAUAAUUACAAUGCGAAUUCACCAGUCCCAUCGAGUCGAAUAGAUCGGCUGUUGAGACAAAGGCUACGAAAGAACAACAAAGCUUCAAAUUCUAACGACGCUAAUGGAAACAGCAAUAGCAAUGGCAAUGAAGGUUUGGAUCAUGAACAGCGAUUAAGGGAAGGUGAUGACUUUGUGGAACAAUAUCUUGAAGGAGCCUCCGCUGCACGUGACAGAUGGGAAAAACCAGAUAGUGGACUUUUUACACAGCGACUGUUAGUCGUUGCUAAUCGACUACCAGUUUCUGCUGUUCGUAGAGGUGAAGAAAGUUGGUCUCUUGAAGUUAGUGGUGGUGGCCUUGUUAGUGCUCUUUUGGGUGUGAAGGAGGUGGAGGCAAAAUGGAUUGGAUGGGCUGGUGUAAAUGUCCCAGAUGAGCCUGGGCAGAGAGCACUAACUAAAGCACUGGCAGAAAAGAGGUGUAUACCGGUGUUUCUAGAUGAAGAAAUUGUACAUCAAUAUUACAACGGGUAUUGCAACAACAUAUUAUGGCCACUUUUCCAUUACCUCGGACUUCCACAAGAAGAUCGUUUGGCGACAACUAGAAGCUUCCAAUCCCAAUUUGCUGCCUACAAAAAAGCAAAUCAAAUGUUUGCUGACGUGGUAAACGAGCAUUAUGAAGAAGGUGAUGUGGUUUGGUGCCAUGAUUAUCAUCUUAUGUUUCUUCCAAAAUGUCUCAAAGAUCAUAACAAAAACAUGAAAGUUGGUUGGUUUCUUCAUACGCCUUUCCCCUCUUCGGAAAUUCAUCGGACUUUACCUUCUAGAUCCGAACUUUUACGUGCUGUUCUUGCUGCUGAUUUGGUGGGUUUUCAUACGUAUGAUUAUGCAAGACAUUUUGUGAGUGCGUGUACUCGUAUUUUGGGACUCGAGGGAACACCUGAAGGAGUAGAGGAUCAAGGGAGGCUUACUCGUGUUGCAGCAUUCCCAAUUGGUAUAGAUUCAGAUCGCUUCAUACAUGCUCUUGAGGCUCCUCAAGUCCAAGAGCACAUAAGGGAAUUGAAGGAGAGAUUUUCCGGGAGAAAGGUGAUGUUAGGUGUUGAUAGGUUAGAUAUGAUCAAAGGGAUUCCACAAAAGAUACUCGCGUUCGAGAAGUUUCUAGAGGAAAAUCAAUAUUGGCAUGAUAAAGUGGUUUUGUUACAGAUUGCAGUACCAACAAGAACCGAUGUUCCUGAAUAUCAAAAACUCACUAGUCAAGUUCAUGAAAUUGUGGGACGGAUAAAUGGUAGAUUUGGCACAUUAACAACCGUUCCAAUUCACCAUCUGGAUCGUUCUCUUGAUUUUCAAGCUUUAUGUGCUUUGUAUGCUGUCACUGAUAUAGCACUUGUGACAUCUUUGAGAGAUGGAAUGAAUCUUGUUAGUUAUGAAUUUGUCGCAUGCCAAGAUGAGAAAAGAGGAGUUCUCAUUUUAAGUGAAUUUGCUGGUGCUGCUCAGUCCCUAGGUGCAGGGGCCAUUCUUGUUAACCCAUGGAACAUAACUGAAGUUGCAGCUUCCAUAGGCCAAGCUUUAAACAUGUCAGCUGAAGAAAGAGAAAAACGUCAUUUACAUAAUUUCUCACAUGUCACAACUCACACUGCUCAGGAAUGGGCAGAAACUUUUGUAAGUGAACUAAAUGAUACUGUGCUUGAAGCACAACAAAGAAUUAGACAAGUUCCACCUUCGCUUCCUGUUGAAGAGGCAAUUGACCGAUAUUUGCAGUCAAGCAACAGACUUCUUAUACUGGGAUUUAAUGCGACAUUAACUGAACCUGUUGAUAGUCCUGAUAGACGUGGAGGUGAUCAGAUAAGAGAAAUGGAUCUUAAAUUACACCCGGAUUUGAAACAACCUCUCACUAGGCUUUGUAGUGAUCCAAAAACCACAGUCGUUGUACUCAGUGGAAGUGACAGAGGUGUACUUGAUGAGAACUUUGGUGAUUACGACAUGUGGUUGGCUGCUGAAAAUGGAAUGUUUUUGAGGUCCACUAGAGGUGACUGGAUGACAACGAUGCCUGAACAUUCAAAUAUGGAAUGGGUUGAUAGUGUAAAGCAUGUGUUUGAGUAUUUUACCGAAAGAACACCUCGAUCUCAUUUCGAGCUUCGUGAGACAUCACUUGUAUGGAACUACAAGUAUUCAGAUGUCGAAUUUGGGAGGCUGCAAGCUAGAGACAUGUUACAGCAUCUUUGGACAGGCCCUAUAUCCAAUGCGUCAGUCGAUGUUGUCCAAGGUAGCCGAUCUGUUGAGGUUCGAGCCGUCGGUGUUACAAAGGGUGUUACAAUUGUUCGAAUAUUAGGAGAGAUAGUUCACAGCAAAUCAAUUUCGGCGCCUAUCGAUUAUGUCCUAUGUGUAGGCCAUUCCCUAGGGAAGGACGAAGAUAUUUACACGUUUUUCGAGCCGGAGCUUCCAUCAGACAACAUCGGCAUCGUGAGACCGAAGAUAAGUGAUGCGACAAAGUCGUGUGGAGAUAGGAAGUCCGGGAGAAGUGGUUCGAAAUCAUCUCAGAAGCAAACUCAACGAAAUACAGAAAACAAGCGAAACAAUAACAGUAACAAUAACAGUAGCAGUACCGGUAAUGGUAUUAACAGUAGUGGUAGCAGUAGCAGUAACAGUGUUGGGAAUGGUGGGAGGCGGUCGUCACAAUCCCCGGAUAAAAUAACGUGGAACGUACUUGAUUUGAAAGGGGAUAACUAUUUUUCGUGUGCGGUUGGGCGUAAACGUACAAAUGCUCGAUACAGGCUCGAUACUUCAGAUGAUGUGGUUUCUUUUUUGAGAGAUCUUGCUAGAGCAUCAUGAAAAUGUAUGUGAACUAUAUAGCAAGAUUUAACAUUUAAAUUUAUGUUGCUUAUGUGGCAUAUUAUGUGGUAAUCGCCAUCAAGCUUGCAUGUAAUUACUAAUUACGUUAACUACUCAUCAAAUUGCAAUUAAAAGUGACUUCAAGUAAUCUAUGGAAGCAGGAUAAUUAGAGUU